AUGGAUCUCCAGGGCCUUCUCUCGUACUUCAUCCACAACCCCAUCAUCUUCAUCUACCAGCUUAUGCAAUGGGUCCUUGACAAAGUUCUGUCGCCGACACCCCCGCCGCCCAACGCUGAACUUAGCAGGCCUAAGAUCGCCAUCAUUGGUGCUGGUCUGACUGGUGUCUCCGCCGCAUCCCACUGCGUUGGCCAUGGCUUCGACUGUACCAUCUUUGAAGCCGGGGACCGCAAGAGUCUUGGUGGAAUCUGGAGUAAAGUAAACAAUACCUCAGGCCUGCAGAUCCACAGCAUUAUGUACCGCUUUCACCCCUCCGUCAAGUGGCGCGGCGGAUAUCCCGACCGUCAACAGAUUGUCAGCCAGAUCACCGAGCUUUGGGAGACGUACGGCCUGGAGAAGCGGACCAAAUUCAACACCCAUGUCGACAAGGUCUACAAGGACAAUAACGGUCGCUGGGUCAUCAACGACACGUCAAAUGGCCGCUUCGACGGCGUCAUUGCCGCCGUUGGAACCUGCGGAGACCCCAAGGUGCCCCACAUCCCCGGCCAGGAGAAGUUCAAGGGAGAAAUCUACCACUCUUCCGAUCUGGACGGCAAGCAAGCCAAGGACAAGAAGGUCCUGGUCAUCGGCGGAGGAGCAAGUGCCGUCGAGGCUUUGGAGUUUGUCGCAGGCGAGAAUGCCGAAAUAACACACGUGCUUGCCAGGUCUGAGAAAUGGAUUAUUCCUCGCAACCCCAUCGUGGACAUCCUCCUGGCUUUUAACAUCUUCGGUCAAGAAACCAUGUUUUCCUGGAUCCCCGAGAGCCUACUCCGUCUCCUCUUCUACCGCGACCUCAAAGACCUGUCCCCUCCCAAGGGCAGCAAGGGUGUCUUUGAGGAGACCCCUAUGGUCAACGACGAAGUCCUCGAUCUCAUCCGCGACGGCAAGGCCGACUGGCUCCGCGGCGACAUAGUCGGCUUCGAAGAGAACGGCAUCCGCUUCAACCACCGCUCGCAAGGCACGCCCAAGGGCGGACCGGGCCGCGAAAAGCUCAUCGAAGCCGACAUUUGCAUCCUCGCGACGGGCUUCCAGCGGCCGUCCCUCUCCUUCCUGCCCGACGAGUGCUUCGACGAGCCGUACGACCCGCCGAACUGGUACCUUCAGGUCUUCCCUCCCGCCCACGUCGACAUCUGCGCCAACAACUGCACCUACGUCAACGCCAUCGGCUCCGUUGGCAACUACCACAUCGGCAUCUACACGCGCUUCCUGCUCAUGUACCUCGUCGACCCCCUCACCCGCCCCCAGGAGCGCUGGAUGAAGCGCUGGAUCGACAUGACCCGCUGGAUCAAGUCCCGCGCCCCCACCGGCGCCUUCGACUUCUUCACCUACUCCGAGCUCGUCUACUGGUUCGUCUUCACCAUCGUCGUCAACCCCUUCCGCUGGAAAUGGGCCGCCUUCGUGCUCUUCGGCAUCGGCAAGGCCGUCCCGCUGCACGUCGUGCGCCAGGAGGACAAGGUCAGGAACGGGUUGGGCAUGAAGGCGAGUUUGAAUUAG